GAAAAAAAUGUGUUGAAUUUUAUGUUGAUUUCGUUUUUGUUUCUUUUAUUUAUGUAAUUAUUUUAAGUCUGAUUUCUUGUUUAUUUUUAUAAAAUGGGCCAAGACAAUGGUGAGAAAUUAUCAAGGAAGCUACCAACUAAAAAUCUAUGUCACAUAUGCAACAAACAUAUAUCUGGGGGCUCCUACUUUUUGAAAGCACAUUUAUUUCAACACAAAGUAGUGAAACCGCGAUUCGACUGUCCAUUCUGCAGUAAACAGUAUUUUAGGAGAGAUGUUUACAAGAAACACUUGGAAAUACACACGGGAAGAACAAAAGUUUACGUGUGCGAUUACUGUGACCGCGGCUUUGUCGACAAACGAAAUCUAAUAACACAUCUAAAUGUACACGAGGACGUAAACUACGUAACACGACAGAGGUAUGACUGCAGGGCUUGCGGCGCCCAAUACUGUGAAGAGAGAUUACUGAAAUACCACAUAAGAAAAGAGCAUUUCAACCUCCAACAAAAGGAAAAACUCUCAGACACAAAACACCUCAACGAAACGUGGGUAGAAAAAGUAUUAGAAUCAAAUGUGUGCGUGCAAAUGACUAAGAUCAACAACAAUGUUAUCACUAUAAAAAAAUGUUCUACAAUCAAAGAGGAGAAUGGUGAAUCGAAAAUGGAUAAAGACAGUCAAUUUGCCAGUUACAUAAACUCCGUGUUCGGUAAUAAUGAUAAGUCGCAGUAUUCUAAAGCGAUAUGCGAUUAUUGCAACAAGCAAAUGUUAAAGAAAAGCCUCCUGAACCACAUUAGGGAAAGGCAUUUGAACAUACGUAAGUUUAAAUGCGUAGAAUGCAAUAGGAGUUUCAACAGACAAUAUCAAUUGACCGAUCAUUCAUGUGGAAAAAUACGUAGGAGAGGUCUUAAGGGCACCUUAGGAUUUUCUUAGGAACGCAUAGUUUAUUAACACUUAUUAGUUUUAACUACUAGUACUCAUUUAAUUGUUUUUGC